AGGGAGAGAGAGAGAGAGACACGGAGGCCGCGCGCAUAUAUACAGAAGGACUCGCGGGUGACGUUCGCUCUCGCCGCCGAUACCACCGUCGCUCGGUCCACGCUCGGCUCAGUCGCGCUCCGCCUGCCCUGAGAAUCGUCCGCGUCGCGGCUCCUCCGCGUAUCCGUCGUUCGUCGCACGCGGUGCCGGUGCUUCUCUCCCAGCACCGUCUCUCUCCACCCGUCCUGCUCCGCACGUGCCGUCCUCGCGUGCGUCACGCGUGCGGGCCCUCGCCGGCGCGCAGCUUCCGAAAUUCUCCUCGCUCUCGUCCUCGGGACCAAACUUUUCUAGACGACAAUCCUAAACUGUUCCCGAGAGCCUCCCUGAUCUUUCCGAGUCGGGACCAAGUGCCGAGGAUCGAACGCCCGAGAGAUCGUCAACCAUGAACGGGGUGUCGAACCAGUGCGCGAAGCUGAAGAUGUACGAUGGCGAGGACGACAACCCGAUAAUGAUCAAGAAGCCCGUGCCGCUGAGAGCGUGGAGCGACAACAUCGAGGAAACCGACCUGGACGUUCCCGGCACGCCGAGAACACCGCGCACGUCCACGACGAAAGGCCACGAGAAAUGUAUGUUCCAUCACGAUUUGGAGUUGGACCACCGACCGCCUACGCGGGAGGCGAUGAUACCGGAAAUGUCCCGAAGUUACAAGUUGCUCCUGAGCUCGCUGGGCGAAGAUCCAGAACGACAGGGACUCCUGAAAACACCGGAACGCGCCGCGAAGGCCAUGCUCUUCUUCACGAAAGGCUACGAUCAGAGUCUCGAAGACGUAAUUAACGAUGCGAUAUUCGACGAGGAUCACGACGAGAUGGUGGUGGUGAAGGACAUCGAGAUGUUCUCCAUGUGCGAGCACCAUUUGGUGCCGUUCUACGGCAAGGUGUCCAUCGGUUAUCUCCCAUGCAAAAAAAUACUGGGCCUCAGCAAGCUCGCCAGAAUCGUGGAGAUCUUCAGCAGGCGACUCCAGGUGCAGGAGCGACUCACGAAGCAAAUCGCGAUAGCGGUCACGAAGGCUGUACAGCCUGCAGGAGUCGCCGUCGUGGUCGAGGGAGUUCACAUGUGCAUGGUAAUGCGGGGGAUACAGAAGAUCAACAGCAAGACAGUGACCUCGACGAUGCUGGGCGUGUUCCGGGACGACCCGAAGACCCGCGAGGAGUUCCUCAAUCUGGUGCACAACAAGUAAACGGCCGAGUCGCAUCGCGGUGUCCUCAUCGCCGGCCACCGUGGGACCAGGGGAUUUCAACGCGUGACACCCCAGCCAAGUCUGCGCUCGCC